AUGGCGCGCAGCAGGGGGACGAUGAUGGCGGCUGUUGUCGGCAGCUGCGCACUCACAGGAAGCCUGCUUUUCGUGCCGGGCCUCAUUCCUAGCUCGGCGCCUUCCUCGAUCCCUCGCAUUGGCAGCCAGCAGGAGGCCGGGGCAUCCCCGGGUGCCGAGGAAGGCACCUUCGGCCACCUGCCGGGACUUCUCGGCGGCAUCGCACUGGGCUUGCUCCUGAGCGUGGCCACGGCCUCCCCAGUCCUGGCCGAGGAGGAGGCAGCAAAGCCCAAGGAGCCCACGGAUGAGGAGAUUCUCGCCAAGGGCUGCGACAUCCGCGUCGACUGCAAGACCAAGGAGGAGCAGUUCCGCUGGGCCAAGGCCUACUACAGGAAGUACAACAGGGAGAGCGACGGCAAGGACCCCAAGUACAGCGCUUCCUCCACCGGUGGCGGUAUCUACCGCAAGUACAAGAUCGAUCAGUUCAUCGAGCCUUCGGGCAUCGUGAACACCACCGAUGGCACGUAUCCCAUUCGCCCAGAGGCUGCGGCCUUCAAGCCCAUUUGGGAUGAGUACAACAAGAAGCUCAUCGAGCGAGUCGAGAAAGUCUACGGCAUCUCCGAUGAGCCCAUCCGCUGGAACGGCGACUACUACGACAACAAGCUGAGCCCAUACAAGCCUGCCAACGGCCUCGGCUGGUACAACAAGUGA